CUCGGGUGUCACCUGUGCCCGGGGGUGCAAAGGCAGCGCUCGGGGCGUGUUUGCUACCGCAGUUGUAUAAAGUGUUGCGGAACAGAGGGAGUGUUUAGAGGAAAGUACGAGCUUUUGCCAGGUUUCUCUUAGGUAAAGGUAGCCUUUUUACACCGUGGAGUUUCUUGUUCUGAACGUGGACUGUGGGGCAGCUACGUUCUGGCCUAAACCAAAGGGUGGUGUUGCAGAGUUAGCGUAAAUUUGAAAAACUUGGAGUUUGAGUUUUUUUUAUAAAGUAAAAUACAGUCAUAGUGGGAGUUUAGUUGUUCUAACGGAAAAAAAAAAAUCCGGAAGAGCCCUGUGUUUAUUUAUAUGCCAUACAUGCUUGUAUGUAAAUAAGUAACUCAGUUGUUACUUAUUUGCAUGUUUGGUUGGUUUUGUUGCGCUCAUAACUGAUCAGACAGUGUGAGACCAAACUUUAUGAGGGCUCCAAAGAAUUGAUUGUUGAAAGGCUGCUCUGAUUCCUUUGGCUUUAAAAGCUCAGGUUAUGUAUAGGUUGAUUGGCAAACCCCCGGCUAGGCCCGCCCACAGAGGAGCUGCGGCUCUGGGGCCGGUUACGGUUUCAGGGCCUGUGAGCUCAGAGGUGACUGACACUAACGGAGCCGCAGGGCUCCAGGAGCAGCUGCGUGUCCGCAGUGUGUGAAUCCCCGCUCUCGGGGCAGCACACAACUUUGGGAAUCCCUGCAGGGUCAGGCCUGUGUCUGCAGAAGGCAUCUGAUGGUUUCAAGCACUUCACUUUUUCUUAACUGCUGCUGCCUGUUGCUUUUUUGUUCAAUGUAUGCAGCAUUGUCUUCUGAGCAAUGGCAGAUUGUUAUUGUUUCACUUCCUUCUUUCACGGUUCAUACAGAUUUUGUCUAGAGAUUUGUUCAUGGCAUUUUAUAUAGCAGCUGAAGAAAUUUUCUCAAGAAAUAAUAUUAUUUUAGUUGAAAAGUUCUGCUGGCAAAGGAGUUGAUUUGAAAAUCAAAUUUUAUAUAAUAUCUCUCAGAUAACAUUCAUAUCUGAAAAUAAAAAUAAUGUUAUUAUAUUUCAAGUUUACUGCUCCAUCUUUAUGUUGUAAUUUGCAGAACUUCAGGGUGUUUUUCUUCCUUCCUGGCCCUGUCAGAAGGAGGCAUGGUUGGGAUUUUAAUAGAAAGUGACAGAAAUUCUCCCACAUGUUUCUGGUUUGGCUGAGGCUUGUGCUGGACUCCCAGCUCACAAACAGCACUAUUUAAUUUGGUUUGGGUUUUUUUUACUGGUGGGCUUCUUGCAGUAAGAUGUAGUAAACAUGGAGUGUAGAUACACAUGCCUGAAAUGCACCAGUGACUCAUUUUUAUAGCCUGCAGCAAUGGAUCAUGUAAGACUCAAUCCUGUAGGAGGUAAUUUGUAUCUUCAUGUUUAUGUGUAUUAAAUUAUGAAUUACUUUUUUCCCAGUAAAACCAAAUUUUAUUCAGAAAUGUUAAUUGCCCUUUCUGAAGCAAUAAAAUGCUGUUUCAUUUGUUGCUACUCUGAUUAGGACCGGAUUCUAAAGAUUGUAGUUGACUAGUCCAAAACCCCUGAAAUUUUCAUUACUUUAGAAAAAAUAAACUUUAAAGAUUUGGAAAAACUUGUCAUCAUAAUUACAGACAUGUUUUUCCUAUUGUAUAUGCCAAAGAGGAAUAUGUCCUACCUCAAAUAACUCAGAUAUUUAGUGUCAUAAGGAAUAUAUUUGACUUCAAGAAACGUCCUGGUGCAUAUUUCACACAGGAUGAAAUCAGCACUAUGCAUAAGCAGAGUUUUAGCUCCUUAUCAUUAAUGUUACUUAACACAUUAGUGUGCACUGGUUAAAUCACUAUUUUUAUUUAAUCCUAAAAUAUAUCAGAUUGUAUUCAUCACCGUUUGGUGUUUGUAGCAAGUUUCCUAUUGAAUAACAAAGCUCGUGCCAAAUAUCCAAAAGAUGGAUUUUUUGUAAACUGUGUCCUUUUACUCAGAUGGAGUAAACUACUAAGUUUUAUGGAAGUCAAAGCAAAAUAAAACCAAGAGGUCAGUGUAGAAGGAGGAAACAUAAGAUGUAGUGAAAGUUUGUGCUGUGCACUCUGUUGUGUUAAUAACUCCACUAACAUUGCUUUCACUUAAUUUAAUGCUGAUUGCCUUUAACAUUUACUAAACAGUUUUGAAAAUUACUGUAGCUUAGCCUGAGACGUUUGUGAUUAGCUGCACCAAUUUGAAAUGGCCAAUUUGGAUGAUGACAGAGCGUCCUCUGCGCAUGCUUUUUUAAAAUUUGAGGGUCAUAGAUUGUCUGGUUCAAUUUAUGAGCCACUUAAAUGUAUUAAUCUUCCAAAGCCAGAGGGGGAAACUCUGUGGGAUAAAUUAAAUCAUUACUAUAGAAUUGUUAAAUCAACAUUGCUGCUCCAUCAAAGCCCAACCACAGGUCUGUUCCCUACCAAGACUUUUGGGAAUGACCAAAAGGCAAAAGUCCACGACAGCCUUUACUGUGCUGCCUGUGCCUGGGCAUUGGCCCUUGCUUACAGGCGCAUUGAUGAUGACAAGGGAAGGACCCAUGAGCUGGAGCAUUCUGCCAUAAAGUGCAUGAGGGGAAUUCUCUACUGCUACAUGCGCCAGGCCGAUAAGGUUCAGAAGUUUAAACAAGACCCCAAACCAUCUGCAUGUCUGCAUUCUAUAUUCAAUGCACACACUGGAGAUGAGGUCUUCUCCCAUGAGGAGUAUGGUCACCUUCAGAUCAAUGCUGUGUCAUUAUUUCUCCUCUAUUUGGUUGAGAUGAUCUCUUCGGGGCUACAGAUUAUCUACAACACAGAUGAGGUGUCCUUUAUCCAGAAUCUCGUGUUUUGUGUGGAGAGAGCCUAUCGUGUACCAGAUUUUGGUGUCUGGGAAAGAGGCAGCAAAUACAACAAUGGCUGUCCAGAGCUGCACUCAAGCUCCGUGGGACUGGCAAAAGCAGCUUUAGAAGCAAUUAAUGGUUUCAAUCUCUUUGGAAAUCAGGGCUGCUCUUGGUCUGUCAUAUUUGUGGAUUUUGAUGCCCAUAACCGGAACAGACAGACCCUGUGCUCGUUGCUGCCCCGGGAGUCAAGGUCUCAUAAUACUGAUGCAGCUCUUCUGCCCUGCCUUAGUUAUCCUGGAUUUGCUUUGGAUGAUGAGGUUCUGUUUGGUCAAACACUAGAUAAAAUUAUUAGGAAGUUGAAAGGCAAAUACGGGUUUAAGAGGUUUCUGAGGGACGGGUACAGGACGGCGCUGGAGGACAGAACGCGGCGCUAUUACAAACCAGCAGAAAUCAAGCUUUUUGAUGGCAUUGAAUGUGAAUUCCCUCUUUUUUUUAUUUUCAUGAUGAUUGAUGGCAUUUUUAGAGGAAAUCCUACACAAGUAAAGGAAUAUCAGGAUCUUCUGGACCCUUUGCUUCAACAUACACCUGAAGGGUGCCCUGUUGUCCCCAAGUAUUACUACGUGCCUGCUGACUUUGUGGAGCUGGAGAAGAGGAGCCCGGGCAGCCAGAGGCGCUUCCCCAGUAACAACGGGAGGGACGGGAAGCUGUUCCUGUGGGGCCAGGCCAUGUACAUCAUUGCCAAGCUGCUGGUUGAUAAAUUAGUGAGUCCUAAAGACCUGGACCCCAUCGGCCGGUAUGUCCCUCCCCCAGACCAGCGGAACGUCAGCAUGAGGUUUUCAAACCAGGGUCCUUUAGAAAAUGAUUUGGUGGUACACGUGGCCCUGAUAGCAGAAAGCCAGCGCCUACAAGUUUUUCUGAACACAUAUGGAAUCCAAACACAGACCCCUCAGCAGGUGGAACCAAUUCAGAUAUGGGCUCAGAAAGAACUUGUCAAAGCUUACUUCCAUUUGGGAGUCAAUGAGAAAUUGGGAUUAUCUGGAAGACCAGACAGACCCAUAGGAUGCCUUGGAACAUCAAAGAUUUAUCGAAUACUAGGGAAGACUGUGGUUUGCUACUCGAUCAUUUUUGAUCUCAGUGAUUUCUACAUGUCUCAGGAUGUUAUGAUGUUGAUUGAUGACAUUAAGAAUGCCCUGCAGUUCAUUAAGCAGUACUGGAAAAUGCACGGCCGGCCCCUGUUUGUGGUGCUCAUCCGGGAGGACAACAUCAGAGGGAGCAGAUUCAGUCCCAUAUUAGAUAUGCUGGCAGCCUUUAGAAAGGGAGUUGUUGGAGGAGUGAAGGUUCACGUCGACAGAGUACAGACAUUAAUAUCUGGAGCAGUUGUUGAACAACUUGACUUCCUAAGCAUCACUGAAACAGAAGAGGCUCCUGUAUUUAAGAGUUUGGAGGAGCUGGAUCUUCCAAAACACUCAAAAGUCAAGAGACAAUCUAGUACUCCCAAUGCUUCUGAACUUGAACAGCAACCAGAUGUAAAUAUUAAUGACUGGAAAAACAAGUCAACAUAUGAGAUCCUGCAGAAACUUAAUGACUGCAAUUGCCUGGCAAGUCAAGUGCUGCUCUCAAGUAUAUUGCUAAAAAGGGAAGGGCCGAAUUUUAUCACCAAGGAAGGUACUGUUGGUGAGCAUAUUGAAAGAAUCUACAGACGAGCUGGGAGCAGAAAGCUCUGGUCUGUUGUGCGCUUCGCAGCAAGUCUUUUAGGUAAACUAGUGGACAGCCUUGCACCAUCUAUUACUAAUGUUUUAGUUCAGGGCAAGCAGGUGACACUGGGAGCCUUUGGCCAAGAGGAAGCAGUUAUUUCUAACCCCUUAUCACCAGCAGUGAUUAAGAACAUGAUCUAUGAAAAAUGCCAAGUGCAAGAUGAAAGAGAAGCUGUGGUGCAGCAGGAACUUGUCAUCCACAUUGGCUGGAUCAUCUCCAACUCCCCAGAGCUGUUCAGUGGAAUGCUGAAGAUACGGAUUGGAUGGAUUAUCCAUGCUAUGAAGUACGAGCUGCAAAUCCGUGCUGGGGAUAUGCCAGCCAAGGACUUGUACCAGAUGUCCCCCAGUGAGGUGAAGCAGCUUCUGCUGGAUAUUCUGCAGCCUCAGCAGCCAGGCAGGAGCUGGCUGAACAGGAGGCAGCUGGAUGGCUCCCUGAACAGAACCCCUGCAGGCUUCUACGACCGCGUGUGGCAGAUCCUGGAGAGAACCCCCAACGGCUUGAUCGUGGCAGGGAGGUUCUUGCCCCAGCAACCAACCCUGUCGGAUAUGACGAUGUAUGAAAUGAAUUUUUCCCUCCUGGUUGAAGACAUGCUGCAAAACAUCGACCAGCCAAAGUACAGGCAGAUCAUCGUGGAGUUGCUGAUGGUUAUAUCUGUUAUUUUGGAGAGAAAUCCUGAGUUAGAGUUCCAGGACAAAGUGGACUUGGACAAAGUGGUGCAAGAAGCAUUUCGUGACUUUCAGAAAGAUCACAGCAGUGCAAAGGGAGCUGAAAAUCAAAGUGACAUGACUGCAUUCUACAACACCCACCCACUUGGAAAAAAGGGAACGUGCAGCUACUUGAGCAAGGCUGUGAUCACUUUGCUGCUGGAAGGGGAAGUGAAAUCAAACAACGAUGAUCCUUGCACCAUUAGCUAAAGCUUGGCACACAGCACAGGAAUUGUUGCUUUCCUUAGUGUUCUAUGUAUUUUUCAAGCCUAUUUUAAGGGACUGAUUUGAAGGGUAACCCUGCCUAGUGACACAAAUGCAUCCUAUCCUUUGCUGAAAGAAGUGCCAUUAAAGAUACCAAGUGCCACCAGAUUUUUUCCUUUCUCAACUAUGCAGCAUGAAACUGAGCACAUGAAAUUAGUCCUAUGGCAUUUGAUUAAGUUGAAUGGGAAUGUAUUUAUGAUCUUAACAUAUGCAUUUACUGUAGCUGGUAAAUUCAAGGGAAAUGGCAGAUUUUGUCUUUAUACCUCUAUUUAUUUAUAAUUGCAAACAAGUAGAAGAUAAAUUAAUAUGCAUACCAAUCAGUGUGGAAAUACAAAACCUGAAUUAUUUUCUUAUUAUCCUACAAACAAAUUGGAGGUGAAGUAUUUGUUGUUCUCUUAAGGUUUUCUUUAUCAGUUCAAGCGACAGCAUUCAUUUAAUGUGUUGGGAUUUUUUAAUUUACAGGUUGGAAACUUGAUAUACAGGUUUCAUCCUAACAGAGCAACUUUUUAUCUCUAGCAAUACACAUCACUGUAUUUUCCCAGUUGUUAUUUAAACAUCUGUACGUUAACAAGGGAACUGUAUGGUAACACAAUAAAAAUUUGUUUUUAAGAAAAGGCAAACAAGCUGUAUUUAAAUUAAAAUCAAUGAAGAAAUAACUUUGUAUUACAUGUUAUCAUGGUAUUAAAGAAUUUGAGAUACACUUAUUUAUCUCCUAAAUGUGUGAGAACACUGUAUGCUAUAUGCUUUAUUUUGGUGAAAAUAAUAAAAAGCAAAUGCUUGUAAAAAAACCUA